UAAUAAUUCACUGAGUAAUUAAAAUAUAUACAGCCUUUGUCAGACCCAAUUUGGAACUACAGCUACAGGACAAAAACAUUUCAAAAUCUGCUUGCAGAGGUGCAGCUUACACAGCAGUUUUGAGAAGUGGUAGUAACAAGGAAGCAGACACCACAAUGUUUUAAUAUGUUCCCAUAAGACAAGACAUCGCUGAGAGAAAAAACAUCCCACAAAAAAACACUUGCAUGACGGAGACUGUAAUCACUCACACAAAAAGGCAUUGACUGAGGGCUGAGGCUUGGUAGAAUGGGUGUGGAGUCGCAGAGAAAUUACAGUAAGGGCAUGGUGUGGGUGUGUAUUCGCAGUGUGAGACUACAAUGCCCAAAGACUCAAUCGCAGUCUCCUGGAGCGGCCUGAGUUGCGUGUGCUCUUACACUGGUGUGGAAUAAAUGGAUACCACAGUCAAUCCUUGCUUUACAAAUUUUGAGCAUCACAAUGAGCUAAUGGAUAAUGUCACCAUGCUUUUAAAUAACUGUACUUCAACAGACAAUUCCUCAAAGUGCUUAAUGGAUGAAGACUCACUAAGUACUGCUUUAGCGGUUUUCUAUUCUUUAAUUUUUAUUGUGGGACUAGUAGGUAAUGUUUUUGCUCUGUAUGUUUUUCUGUUCAUUCACGUCAAAAGAAACUCUGUACAAAUAUAUCUUUUAAAUGCAGCCAUAGCUGAUCUCCUAUUGAUUUUUUGCCUUCCAUUUAGAAUAAUGUAUCAUCUCACACAAGAGUGGAAACUGGGAAUUGUUUUCUGCAAAGUUGUUGGCAACUUAUUUUACAUGAACAUGUACAUAAGUAUUGUACUUUUGGGCCUCAUAAGUAUGGACCGUUAUGUUAAAGUAAAGAAGUCUCAGCGACAACGCAGUGUGCCCAGGAGGAAAUGCAGCAUCCGGAUCUGCUGCUGCUUAUGGGCCUCAGCCGGUUUUUCUGGGUUGUUUCUGAUCACUACACAGUCAAUUAAAGACCAAUCAAAUCCAAAACAAUGUUUUCACUAUACAGACCGGAAAGAUGCAAUCUGGCAAGCAGCGUUUAAUUAUUUUGUCGUAUUGGUUUUUUGGAUUGUGUUAUUUUUGUUGAUCAUAUCCUAUGUGAAAAUAGGGAAAAACCUUCGCAAGAUCUCCAGGGAGCGGGCUUAUUUACCAAAUUCUGGGAAGUAUAACAGUACAGCAUACAAGUCAUUUUUUGUGCUCUUCAUCGUCUCUGUGUGCUUUGUGCCUUAUCACACAUUCAGGAUUGCAUAUAUUGCAACACAGCUACAAAAGAUCUCUUGCUAUUGGAUGGAUAGAGUUCACAAAACAAAUGAAAUCACACUGGUGUUUUCUGCUUUUAAUAGUUGUUUGGACCCUGUAAUGUACUUCUUAUUGUCUAGUAGCAUCCGUAAAACUGUGUUUCGACUGCUCUGCAGAGGUAGUCAGGAUGCAGGCAGGAGUGAAAGUAACACAUCAGAUCUUCAUCUAGGACACACCCUACCUGACAGUGUCCAUGUUUAUUCUAUAAAUGCCACUCCACUAAAUCAAAAAAGAAAUAUUACAGAAAGCGUAAAUGUAUAGAAAACAUUACUAAAAUAAAAAGAAAUUAAAACAGGUCAAUACACUAAAGUGGCCCCAUACACCUGCAACAGACUGUCGCAAAUCAGUGAUCCCCAGAUACCAGGGAUGUUAGAUUUCAUGGAUUUGCACAUCAAAAUCAAAAGAUGAUCAUGAUUAGUAAAUCUAUAAUAUUUUUUUUACAUGGAGAAUUUUGCCGAUACUGUGACGGAUCAGCGAUCAUCGAUUGCUGCCGGUCACAUUUCCAACCAGCUGAUCGGAUUUAAGUCAAGGCUGCACAAUUUCAAAUACAUCAAUAGACAGGUUUGCGCAAAACACACAUUUUCUGCAUUUAAAUGGAGAUAUUACAAUCAGUCUAAUGGGCAUAUAUAUUAAUAUUAUUUUUACUAAAAUAAUGUGAAGUGUUUCACACCAUUUUCACAUAAAAUUUUGUGAAAAACUCAUCCAAACCCUUGAACUGACUUUUUUCUUUUCUUUCAGUAAUCAGAUUGCAUGUCCGAUACUUUUAAUUGGAAAUGGAAUGUGGCCAAAUUUGCGAAAAAAAUAAGUGAAUACUGGAGGUAGCCCUUUAAUAAUAAUAUCCCAAAACAGUGUUAUACACAGUCCCCUCCAGUUACCGACCCCAUUCUCAGCUCUGAGAGGCAGUUUUGUUUUUUAACAAUUACCUACAGCCACCGAUGAUGGGUAUCCCGGUGUGUUCCUCCGUGGAUCUGAUCGCCAACUUCCUGCACUGUGACCCUGGUCAUCUGAUGUCUGUUGUAAACUGGCCUCUCAGUUUACAGCAGUCCUCAGAAAACAGGGUCACAGAACUGGAAGCCGGCGAUCACAUGACCAGAUGCACGGAGGAGUGCACCGGGACACUAAUCACUGGCUAAAUGAAAGAGGUGGCACCCAAUGGCAGUGGUGUUGGCGGCAGCACAUGUGCAGCACAUAUAGUACUUGGGGCAUUUUUUGUGAAAAAUACCCCAAGAAGGCUACGGAGCGCAUUCACAGAGACAGUGCUUUCUCGCAAGCACUGUCCCUGAAUGCAAUAAUAAUUGAUACAUCCCUACAAUGUAUUCAAUUUUCGCAUUGCGGAUUGUGACGAUUUUAUCACAUUAGAUCUGUAUCUGAGAUGUGCCCCUUCGUAUGAUACAGCCAAGACUUGGU